ACUUUAGUAUGCCAAAACAUGCUAAGAGCAUCUCUAAUUAGGCUUCAGCAUUCGGGUAUCCUUUCGGAUAUGAAUAAUAUCCAUUCGGAUAUCAAUUUUUUCGGAUUUUCAAAAAAUAGUUCCAUUCGGAUAUUACAAAAAACCGGGUCGGGUUCGAGUCGGAUCCUUCCGGAUCCGGAUGGGUUCGGAUUUUAUCCGAAGUAACCAAACUACUCAAUUCAAUUCAGGUAUUUUAUAUCCAAAUUACUCAAACUUAACUAAAAUAACUUAAAAACCAAAAAAUACUCAAUUUAUAUUACUCGAAUUGGUUAUUUUUUGUCUGAAUGUAACCAUAUACAUAAUUUAUUUGAGUGUUUUUAACCAAAAAUCUAUUUUUAUCUAUAAAUACUAAAAAUAACUAAUAUAUAUGAUUUAUAUUUUUAAUUUUAGGUAUUAAUACUAUUAUGAAUAUAAUUUAAAAUACUAUUAUAUAUAUUUAUAUGUUUGGAUAUGUUCGGAUACUCAUUCGGUUCUCGGUGCGGGCCGGGUUCGAUUUCGGUUUUUUUGGGUUUUUCAAAAAUGGUCUCAUUCAGAUAUUUAGGCAGGAUCCGAUCGGGUCGGGUACCCUAUUUUUUGGGUCGGUUCGGGUAUGGAUAUUAUGCCCAGCCCUAUCUCUAAUGGUGCUUUAUUUUCCACUUUUUGUUUUAUUUUUUAUUUCAUUGGUAUUUCAUUUUUUUUUCAUUUCUUCAAAUUUUGAAGAAUUUAACAGUGUUUCUUCAAAUUUGAAGAAAUAUUGUUCAGUUCUUCAUUUUUUUGAAGAUAAACUCUUUUAUUGACAAACUAAUCCUUAAUUUUAAAUUAUUAAUUUAUCUAAUUGUAUGUUAAUAAAGAAGAAUAUGAAAUGAUUGAUUUCUAAGAAUUUUAUGUUCGAUUUAGAAGAAUUUAAAAUAAAAUAAGUUCAUUUUUUGUUUUACAAUAUAUUUUUAAUCAUUUAAGAGAUAUAUGUAUUUAGUGUUUUUUAUAAAAUAUUUUAUUUAUUUAUUUAUGUUAUGUGUAAUAAUUAUAUUAUAUAAUAGUUAUUAAUUUAUAAUAAAUAGUAAUUGAGUCUAACUAAUGUUAAAACAAAACAGAUGAGUAAAAUUAGUGAAUUUGAAAAAGUAUAAAGUGUUAUUAAUAAUUAAUUAUAAAGUGGUGGUAGAAUAUAUUUAGAAUAUUCCAUUUUGAAGAAAAAUAUGAAGCAAACCAUUGGAGAGCAUGUUUAUUCAUUUUUUUUUGAAGAAUUUCAAAUUUUGAAGAAAAAAAUAAAAUCAACUAUUGGAGAUGUUCUAAGUAAUGUAAGUUUGUCUCGGUUUGAGAAUGCAUUUUUAAAUACAGUGGAUUAUUUAUCCACUAAAAUAUAGCUACUACUACACAUGAAUUUGUCAAUAUAUUCUUCAAAACGAUUUACUGCAUGCUAGAAAGUAGGUAAAACUAGAAAAGAAAAAGAUAAAAGGGGCACAAUGAAAUAAAAGGAAAUCCGAAAACGGCAUAGUUUUGCGUGUAAAGGAAGAGAAGACAGUUCUAGCAUCCAAAGUUGCAUUGACCAUCAUUUUCUUACUCUUCCCUCAUCUUACUAUCUCAAUCCUUUUAUCCAUUUUGAUAGUAACAAACUAAUAAUAUAUUUUUCUUUUAUAAUUCACUAAUCAUAUACAUUUAAAAUAUCGAUUUACAUAUACUCAACAGUAAAUAGAGUUUUGGUGAGCAUAACUUGUAGAAAAUGGAGAAAGCAAAGUCAGUGGUUUUACAACCAUAAUACAAAAGAGCUUCCUUUAGGCCCAUAAACAAAGCGCCAAGUAUCAGCUUUUUAAGCUAUUUAAAAAGCUCUUAUUACCGACGUACAUUUUAGCUUUUCUACAAGUUACAUUUGAAUAAUAAGGCAAAAGAGAUGGUAGCCACACUUUUUUUUCUCUGUGCGCAAUAUAACCAACACUUUGUUUUCUUAAAUUUGUUAGAGUUAAAACGUUAUUAAUUUUCGCCUUGGAAAAGAUCCUAUGCCUUUUAACUUUGUAAGCAGCUUCCAAAGCCAAACUCCUUCUUGCUUAAGCAACCUAGCUAUUUCAAUUGUUUAAAAUUCAACCAAUUCAGAACGUAUGUUGUGGGACAACCACUCGUCACCGAAGUACUUCCCAGCAAAUUCAAAAUGGGCUUCGUAGGCCCAUAAAGUAAACCUUCCAAAUAAUUUAUCGUUAAUUAUUAGCCAGAAAUAAUCUUUAGAAAAUAAAAUAAUGAAUGAUGAAACAGAGAGGUUCGGACAAUUUCGUAGUUGCAGAGUCAUGGUAGCUCCGCUGACUCUACCAAGUCGUCCUCGCUUCCGUAUUCAUUAGCUUCAGUUCAACUUUUUCUCGGUCAAAUACAGAAACAACGAGUUCUGUUGCUGUCGGGAAGAGAACAAUGUAUCCGAGAAAUAAAGAAACUGUCUUGACUCUGUUUCUAGCGUUGACCAUGGUGGUCAACGUUGUUUCAACAAGAUUCUUCGUGGAGAAAAACAGCGUGACGGUCCUUAACUCCUGGGAAAUGAAAGCUAAGCACGACGCAGCCAUCGCAAACUUUGGCAUCCCAAGUCACGGCGGUUUCAUGAUCGGCUCCGUCGUGCACGCAGGCCAAGGCGCUUACGGAUGCGAUCCGUUGAACGAAACCUUCAAACCCAAGUCUCCUUAUCCCACCAUCCUCAUCAUUGAUCGUGGAGUGUGUAACUACGCUUUGAAGAUAUGGAACGGCCAACAAGCCGGUGCAGCGGCUGUUUUGUUAGCAGAUAACAUUGUUGAGCCAUUGAUAGCAAUGGACUCACCAGAGGAAUCUCAACAUGAAGAUCCUGACUUAAUAGAAAAAAUCAAGAUCCCAUCAGCUUUGAUCCUACACUCUUUCGGAGGUAGCCUCAAGAAAGCUCUUAACAAAGGCGAAGAAAUAGUUUUGAAGAUAGACUGGAGUGAGACUAUACCCAACCCUGAUGAGAGAGUUGAGUAUGAGCUAUGGGCUAACACCAAUGAUGAAUGUGGUGUACACUGCAAUGAACAGAUGAGUUUCAUUAAAAACUUCAAAGGAACAGCUCAGAUUCUUGAAAAAGGUGGUCAUGCUUUGUUCACACCUCAUUACAUUUCUUGGUUUUGUCCCCAAGAGCUUCGACUUAGCAGUCAGUGCAAGAGUCAGUGUAUAAACCAUGGGAGGUAUUGUGCUCCUGACCCUGAGCUAGACUAUGAAGAUGGGUAUAAUGGGAAAGACGUUGUUUAUGAGAAUCUGAGACAGUUAUGUGUUCAUAAAGUAGCUAAGGAGAAGAAUAGUUCUUGGGUGUGGUGGGAUUAUGUGACAGAUUUUAACAUCAGAUGUUCUAUGAAGGAGAAGAGAUAUAGUAAAGAAUGUGCAGAGACUGUUGUGGAAUCUCUCGGUUUGUCUCUUGAGAAGAUCAAGAAAUGCAUUGGUGAUAUUGAUGCUGAUGUAGAGAAUGAAGUUCUCAAAGCUGAGCAAGCUUAUCAGUUAGGCCAAGAGAAGCGUGGAGUUGUCACAAUCUUUCCAACAUUGAUCAUCAACAAUUCUCAAUAUCGCGGUAAGCUGGAGAGAACCUCGGUGUUGAAGGCUAUAUGUUCAGGAUACAAGGAGGGAACUGAACCUUUGAUAUGUUUGAGUACAGAUAUAGAGACCGAUGAAUGUCUUGUGGCAAAUGGUGGAUGUUGGCAAGAUAAAAUCUCUAAUAUAACGGCUUGCAAGGAUACAUUCAGGGGAAGAGUAUGUGAGUGUCCUGUUGUCAAUGGUGUUCAGUAUAAAGGAGAUGGUUAUACCUCCUGCAAGCCUUAUGGACCUGCGAGAUGUUCAAUGAACGAAGGAGGCUGCUGGUCUGAAACUAGAAAUGGUCUAAAUUUUUCUGCUUGUUUGAACUCAGAGACAUCAGGUUGCCGUUGCCCUCUAGGCUUCCAUGGAGAUGGUCUGAAAUGCGAAGACAUUGAUGAAUGCAAAGAGAAAUCAGCUUGUCAAUGUGAUGAGUGCAAAUGCAAGAACAAUUGGGGAGGAUAUGAAUGCAAAUGCUCCAACAAUAGUCUCUAUCUGAAAGAACAAGACACUUGUAUUGAGAGAAUAAGUAGAUCAAGAAGCAGAUGGUUCUUCAUAAUUGUGGUUAUAACCGCCAUUGCAGGCAUCUCCUUAAGUUCUUAUAUAUUCUACAAGUACCAUAUUCAGGCUUACAUGGACUCAGAGAUAGUGUCUGUUAUGUCUCAGUACAUACCACUAGAUAGCCGAAACAUUCAUCAAGACUCAAACCAAAUAGAGAACUGUAAUCUUCUGUAAUGAAGAGUACUGAAUCUUGGUUGGAAUAUUGUUGAAUGGGUAAAGCAUUUUUUUUUUGUCAAGAAUAAAAAAUUUUGAGGCCUUAAUCUAUUGUUCUGGAAGUUAGUAGUUACAUGCAAUAUCAAAAACUU